AUGUUUGCACAAUCAUCGACUAUAGCACAGACAAAUCAUUCUUAUUAUCAAAUUUUGACUUCGAAUUAUACAAAAAUAUCGUUUUCGUCUGCAACCAUUCUUUUAACUACCGAAGUGCCUCUGCUAUUUUCAAUUGUCUCUUUAACUAUUCGAUCAUCUCGAAUAGCAGAACAAGCAAAUUUUUAUUCAGUGGACAUACUAUUCAAUAGCACAUGUUCAUCAAAACGUGAGUCAAAUAUAACAUUGAUUUUUCAAUCAUCACCUUCAACAUCAACAUUCGAUGAAACCAGACGAUGUUUGUCUACUUCUAAACAUCAUGGAUUAAUCACAUGUGAAAAUUUCAUCUACGGCGUUCGUUACACAGUCGAUGGAUAUUUUUUAUGUAGCAUAAGAAAUAUUACGCUGUCAACAAGAAAAGAGUUUUAUGAAAUAAUAAAACCAAAAUAUUUAAAUUCAACAAAUAGUCCAACAUCGAUCGACACACUAUUCUUCUUGCCUGGCUUAUUCUAUCGAUUGGUUGUUGAAAUAACAAGUAUUAAUCAAACCUGCUUAGUAGAAUAUUCAUCAAUUUAUUCACCUUUCUACAAUUGCUUAUUUACAAAUCUAAGUCCUGCACAAUGGUUUAUUUUAAGUUAUUAUGUAUCAACUGACAGUGAUCAGAAAUUAUCAGGUGAUGUGACCAUUGUUCAUACCGAAUUGGAAGAUUUGAAUUUCUCAUGUAAACCUAACGAAAAUUACCAGCGAAUUGAUUUUUCUUGGAAAAAUUUAACUACUACUGGUUAUACUAAUUUAACAAUAUCUUUAUUAACUGAUGAGAAAAAACAAAUAGCGAUUAUUUCAUGUGAUCCAUAUAUUGCAAAAGAUGUUUGUUCAACAAAGCCAUAUAGUUUAGAAUCAGGUACACAAUACUACAUAAUAGCUAAGCUUGAAAAAAUUCUACCAAACUAUAAUGCUAAUAAAACUGGUGCAUGCUCCAUCAAAACAAAAAAUGAUGGUAAUAAAGCAUUAUUUAUUAAUUUAACUGAGGCGAGUAUUUAUCAAUUGGAGUUUAAUAUUUCAAAAAUUCAUUGGUCAUCAUUGAUUCAGAUGACUGAUUAUUAUAUUCAAACAGGCAAAUAUUUUCAUAUCGUAAUUGAAAAUAUUCUUCGACAUUCUGAAAAUAGUUUAGUUGUAAAUGUGAAUCGACAUGAUUUAUCACUAGUGAAGUUAACUUAUUGUAUUCAAUCUAUAAUUGAUGGCAGUUUAGAAUUUUGUUCAACAUCAAAUAGAUUUAAUCAACUUACGCCAGGAUCAAUUUAUAAUAUAUCUAUUAGUAUUCAGCGCCAUUCGAUUCAAAAUAUUUUCUUUUGGAAAACACAAACAAUAUUUAAACUUGUGAAUACAAAUCCAUCUUCAUUACGGAUUCGUACUUGGAAAGAAAACGAUUAUUGUGCUGCAGAAUUAAACAAUACUUUUCCAAUAUCAUAUUCAACUCGAUGUAUUUCAAAUGAAAGAGUAUUUAAUUGUAAGCAACUUCAGUGUGGGUGUCGGUAUCAAUUUCACAUUUUAUUCAAUCAAACAAACAUUCAUGCUCUAUGUUCAACAUCUCAAUGUGAUAUUCAAGUUGAUAAUUCGAGUUCUACUCGUGUUCAAUUUCAAACUCCCUUACAAUCAAUUGAAAAUCUUCGAAUAAUUUCUCUUUCACCAAUAUUCAGACACAUUCAAGUUGAUUUUAAUAGACCAUCUGGAUGUUUUGAUCAUUUUAAUUUAAUAUGUGAAAUCAUUUCAUUAAAACAACGUCGACUAUUUGUUAACUCAAGUAUUUGCACUGAUUUAAUACCGGACGAAUUUUAUAGAGUUUAUGUUGAAACAAAGCAAAUCGGAUGGGAAACUGUUAUAUCAAAUGUUAUUGAAAUUCAACUUAUUUUGAAUUCGACUGUCAAUCAUGAAGCAAGAAAGAAAACUAUUAGGAAAAUUUUGACUCAUCAAGAUCAUCAAGAAGUAACAAAAAUCAGUAAAACAAAUGCAUCAAUGACAUUGAAUAAUAUUGUUAAUCAAGUGAAUAUAUAUCCCAAUGUGAAAUCAAUCCAUUCAACAGAUUCAAAAAAAAAUGUUUUAAAAUCAAGACCAAUUAAAAUAAAAGAUCUUUCAUCCGAGUAUGAAAAAUUGAUUAAAAAUAAUUAUUAUAAUGUAUCUAAUGAAUUCGAUAAACUUCAAAUCAGCCUUGAAGAAGUUCCACAAUUUGCACGAUGCAAUCAAUUAUUUAAAAACCGAUAUAAAAACAUAAGACCUUAUGAACAUUCACGUGUUAAGUUAAUACCUGGUGAUGAAUGUGAUCCAGGGUAUAUCAAUGCUAAUUUUAUUACUGGAUUACAUAAUCCUCGCGAAUAUAUUGCAUGUCAAGGUCCACUUAAGUCAACAAUUAAUGACCAUUGGAAUAUGAUUUGGGAACAAAAUGUUACGAUUAUUGUUAUGCUUACAGAACUCAUAGAAUGCGGAAUGAGUAAGUGUGAGCGAUAUUGGCCAGUGGAUUUGCAUCAUAUUGAAAUCUUUGGUAAUAUUUCCGCACGUGUCAUUGCAUGUGUUAGUGUGACCGCUUAUGACUUACGUUAUAUUCGAUUUAAAAGGAACGAUGAAAUUCGUUCCGCAAAACAUUAUAUAUUUAAAAUGUGGGAUGAUCAUACUAUACCAACAAAUAGUGAUGUACUUAUUAAAUUUAUUCGUUUAAUUCGUUCGGAAUAUCAACCAGAAUAUCAUGGACCACUAUUGGUGCAUUGUAGUGCUGGCGUUGGUCGUAGUGGAACAUUCAUUGCACUUGAUCGAUUAUUGCAAGAAUUUGAUGAACAGCCACUCGAUGGUUAUUUAGAUAUUUUUGGAACUAUCUCUAGUUUAAGACAAUGUAGAGAUAAAAUGGUUCAAAAUGAGCAUCAAUAUUUAUUUAUCUAUCGAUGUUUAAAAGAAGAAUACGAAAAAACCUUAGGUAAUUCAUUUAUUUAA